AUGCCUACCGACUACGACGCGCUCUCGGACGUCAGCGAACUCACCGGCGACGGUUCCGCCAGCGAUCUGCACCACGAAGAGGACGACGAGGAAACCAUGGCUUCCGCACCGCGCACUCCAUCCAAAAAGCGCCGUCGCAUCGUCCGCGCAAUGCGAGAUGAUGAAGACGACGAAGACGAGGUGGCUGAAGCUCUCGAGGAUGACGACAACGAUGCGGAUGAGGAUGUGGAGGAGGAGGAUGCUGACGAGCUCGACGAAGACGAUGAGGACUACGAUGCGCCUUCGAGCUCUCGCAGGGGCCAAACGAGGACGUCCGGUCGCAAAUCUGCAGCGUCAAGUCUUGCAUCGUCAACACCAAAACGACCGGCGAGAACGUCGGCACGCACUACAACUACCCCGACUGCGAGCGCAGGCAAAAAGUCGCUCCGAGUCAAACUCACCCGCACGCCCAACUCCGCAGCAGCAGCAGCAGCCGCGGCGGCGGCGGCGGCGGCCGAGGCAACGGCUGCGACAAAAGAGGACUCUUCCCCGCUACCCAAGGGUCGACCCUCCAGAUCAGGUGCUGCCACUUCGACCUCCACACCACCAACUCGUCGCGCCAAAGACGCUACAAAGGUCAAAUGGAAGCCGCGCGGCAAAGCUAAAGACUCGGACUCAGACGAGCAAGACCUCCCCGACGCCGAAGACGAUGAACUCGACGACCAAGACAUGGACAUCUCACGCGCUGCCACUGUCGAAGGUGACCCUCUCUCCGCCUCGGCCUCGGACGACGAGGACGCCUCCGAACCGGACGAAGCCACCACCGCCGAGAUGCAAGCGAUCAUCGGCAAGACCGCCCGCCAACUCGCCCGCGAAGGCGGCGUCGAGUCCGUGGAACACAUGGAGCUGCCCAUGUUUGAUCCGAACCGCAAAAAGAAGCUCACCGAGAACGAGAUCGCACUGCGACGCUCCGAGACAGCGCGCAAACGCAAGAACCAGGUCGAGAAGAAGCUCGAAGACGACAAGGUCGAGACGAUCAAUCGGCUACUCAAGAAGCAGGUGGGAAGGAGCCGCAACAAGCUGCCGCGUGCAGGCAGUCCCGACGACUCGGACGAGGAGGCCGAGCAGGCGCGCAAGAGGGGACGCGAGGAGCUGUCGCGCAAGGCACUCAAGGAGAUGCCCGCUUCGUACUUCAGGUACAUCGACCGAGCCGGGGCCAAGCUGUUGGCUGUACCCUCCGGACCGCCUCUGGUCGAUGAGCUGUUCGGGCCCAACUACGUCCAAGUCAACCAGGCGCUGAUCGAGGAGCUGGCUACGCCGAUCGCAGCGGACGGUCUGUCAGAAAAGGCAAGGGCGCUCGAGGACAAGGCAAGGAAGCGUCUCGAGGCGCAGGGCGAACAGUGGAAGCAGGACCACGCUCUCGACCGUGUCUGGGGCCCAGAAGGUCUCUACGAGUACCAGUUGCGUACCUUGUUGGGGCAGUCGAGGAAGGACUGGAUCGGCUCCAGGCGUCCGCCCACGCCCGAACAGGAAGAGCAGCCGGACGACGAGGACGACGAGGCCGAGGCUAAGGGCGAGCAGCAACAGGAGGAUCAAGACGAAGAAGCGCCAGACGACGUUGACGCUGAAGACGACAAAGCGUAG